AUGAAUGGGCCGCGCCCCUCAACUCGCGUGUUCCUCUCUGAUCUCCCAUCUCUACAGGCGGACUCGAAGAUCCGCUUUCUUGGCUGUGUAACAAGUUAUACCAUCUCCACCGGCCAUUUAGUACUGGAACACAACUAUCCACGCAGCAAGAUAGCUCCAAGCUCUGUAUCUGUCGAUAUCAAUGCCCUCCUCGAGGACCUGACCGCUGAAGAACUGCGCGUAGGGACAUGGCUGAAUAUUGUGGGCUAUGUCAGAGACUCGGAGCCGGUGCCACAACCAUCUUCAUUCGAUUCGACUCCCGACGACGCGAAUCGGCCAAGUCAGAGGCCUUCUACGGUGCCCCCUCGUCCGGUCUAUGUCGAGGCAGUCAUGGUCUUCCCAGCGGGAGCCAUCGCCAUCGGGGAGUAUGAGCGUAUUCUUUGCAAUUCUCAGCGUAUCGAGCAGAUGAUACAAUUUACCCAUUGA